CAGAGUUAGUCAGUGAGAGGCACUGAGAGAGAGCUGGAGGAGUGUGGUGUUAAAUAAUUGUCCUAGGAUCUCCAAAUGUUGAUGUGGCACACGGAUUAUACUCAAAUCAUUUUGAUUCACGAAUGGUGCAAUCUACACAAAUUGGAUCCCUGACUUCAUAUGCUAUAUAAUAUAUGUUGGACUAAUUAAGAAGUGACAAGGACUAGAGGUGUUUUAUUUACCCUGCAUCAGUGCAGCACGCAAGCCAAGACAUUAACGGCUGAUCACAAUGUUAAUAUCCAUUCUGGAUCUGUAUUUUCCAGCUGGAUCUUCACACUCUAAUAGGCAUUCUUCAGCGGAAUUGUGUGACUCACUGAAGACACCGUGAGCCGAGGCAAGCGAUUGCAUUAUAAUCAACUGAGAGAAAUUGAGAGCUCCGCUCAUUGGUAUUACCAGGAGCACUUUGUGUUAACGCCGAGUCUUGUGGCUUUUCAGAUUCUGCAAAGAUAUAAGGAUAAAUGAAGAGAGAACAUUGAUGCUGUUUGGAUCGAAACAUAUCUGCAAGGACACAAAUACCACAGCAAUUUCUUCUGGACCCUGCAAAGUGGCAUCCUGUAGGAACAAGGCUGUUUCUGGGCGUUCGGUGGAACAAGAAGACAUUUCAUUUGAAUUCUAGCGCUGUACAACACCAUCGUUUGUAAAAAAAAAAAAAAAAAAAAAUCAUAUACAUAUAGACUACUGUCCUUGUGCAGGACACCUCUAUUUUCUGUAUCACUGUGAAGCGACUUUUCUUCCUGAUGAUAUUUAAAUGUACGAAUUAUCAUUUUGUUGCAAAUAUCAACAGGUUUAAAACGACAACAACAAUCUGAAUAAUAAUCAGCGCGCACUUGGUAAGGGGAUGUACCUUUCUAUUUUCUGUUUCUUGCUGCUCUGGGCUCAAGCCCUGACACUGAAAAACCUGAAUUAUUCCGUCCCAGAGGAACAAGGGCCCGGGACUGUGAUUGGGAACAUUGCCAAAGAUGCCAGGCUUGCAUCUGGAGAGCGAAACAGGAAAUCCAACUUUCGGGUUUUAGAAAAUUCAGCCCCACAUCUGCUGGAUGUGGAUCCUGAAAGCGGACUGCUGUAUACUAAGCAGCGGAUCGAUAGGGAAACACUGUGCAGGCGAAACCCCAAGUGCCAGCUCUCCUUGGAAGUGUUUGCCAACGAUAAAGAGAUCUGCAUGAUUAAAGUGGAAAUUCAGGAUAUAAACGAUAAUUCUCCCAGUUUCCCUUCAGAACAGAUCGAUAUUGACAUUUCUGAGAACGCAGCACCGGGGACACGCUUCCCAAUUGCCAGCGCACACGAUGCCGACUCGGGGGAAAACGGGUUAAAAACAUACCAGAUCACCCGAGACGAUUAUAAUAUAUUUUCAUUGGACGUAAAAUCCAGAGGAGACGGGACUAAAUUCCCUGAAUUAGUUGUUCAGAGACCUUUAGACAGGGAGGAACAGAGCCAUCACACACUUGUAUUAACAGCAUUGGAUGGUGGAGAACAUCCCAGAUCAGGGACUGUGCAAAUAAAUGUUAAAGUUAUUGAUUCUAAUGACAAUAGUCCAUUGUUUGACCAGCCCUCUUAUAUUGUAGAAAUACCUGAAAAUGCCCCUUCCGGCACUGUAGUGAUAGAUUUAAAUGCUACAGACCCAGAUGAAGGCACCAAUGGACAGGUAGUUUAUUCUUUUAGUGGUUAUGCACCAGAUAGGAUCCGUGAGCUUUUCUCUAUUGACUCUAAAACAGGUGUUAUAAAGGUUCAGGGUGAAAUAGACUAUGAGGAAAGUGGGAUUAUUGAGAUUGAUGUCCAGGCUAAAGAUUUAGGACCCAACCCCAUUCCUGCCCACUGUAAAGUAACUGUCAAAGUAAUUGAUAAAAAUGACAAUUGGCCCUCCAUUGGUUUUGUGUCUGUCCGCCAGGGGGCCAUCAGUGAGUCUGCGCCCACAGGCACUGUUAUUGCCCUGGUAAGGGUUACUGAUAAGGAUUCAGGGAGAAACGGACAGCUCCAGUGCAGAGUGCUGGGCAAUGUGCCUUUCAAACUGGAGGAAAACUAUGAUAAUUUUUACACCGUAAUUACCGAUAGACCUUUAGACAGAGAGGUUCAGGAUGAGUACAAUGUGACGAUAGUGGCCAAAGACAAUGGGAUCCCUCCCCUCAAUUCAACCAAAUCUUUUACAGUUAAAAUCUUAGAUGAAAAUGACAAUGCCCCACGUUUUACCAAACCAGUUUACCUUCUGCAGGUGCCUGAGAAUAACAUCCCUGGGGAGUAUUUGGGGUCAGUUUUGGCACAUGAUCCAGAUUUGGGUCAGAAUGGCACUGUAUCUUAUUCUAUUUUACCAUCGCAUGUAGGAGAUGUGUCCAUCUACACAUAUGUGUCUGUGAACCCCACAAACGGAGCAAUUUACGCGUUACGAUCCUUUAACUAUGAGCAAACGAAGUUUUUUGAGUUUAAAGUCCUAGCAAAGGAUUCGGGAUCUCCUCAUUUGGAAAGCAAUGCAACAGUACGGGUUAGUGUUUUAGAUGUAAAUGAUAAUGCCCCAGUUAUUGUCUUACCUCUCCUACAGAAUGACACUGCUGAAAUUCAUGUCCCCCGAAAUGUUGGAGUAGGAUAUAUUCUAACCACAGUAAGGGCAGUUGAUAAUGACUAUGGAGAAAGUGGCCGGCUAAUUUAUGAGAUUACAGAUGGGAAUGAAGAGCACUUAUUUGAGAUGGACUCCGUCACUGGUGAAGUGAGAACAGUGCAUCCUUUCUGGGAAGAAGUUACCCCAGUUGCAGAGCUAAUAAUAAAGGUGACAGACCAUGGAAAACCAAAACUUUCUGCGGUGUCAAAACUGAUAAUCAAGGCUUUCACUGGCUCUCCGCCUGAAGGGGAGCCCCGAAUAAACGAGGAGCAGCGUCACUGGGACAUGUCUUUGCCUUUGAUUGUCACUUUGAGCAUCGUCUCCAUCAUCCUCCUUGCAGCCAUGAUCACCAUAGCUGUAAAGUGCAAAAGAGAAAACAAAGAGAUCAGAACUUACAACUGCCGGAUUGCCGAGUAUUCUCAUCCACAGCUAGGCAAGAGCAAGAAGAAAAAGAUUAAUAAGAACGACAUCAUGCUGGUGCAAAGCGAGGUUGAGGAGAGGGAUGCCAUGAAUGUGAUGAAUGUGGUUAGCAGCCCCUCCCUCGCCACUUCCCCCAUGUAUUUUGAUUACCAGACUAGAUUGCCCCUGAGUUCCCCCAGGUCAGAGGUUAUGUACUUGAAACCCACCUCUAACAACCUGACUGUUCCUCAAGGACAUGCUGGCUGUCACACCAGCUUCACAGGACCGGUGACAAAUACAACGGAAACACCAGUUAAUAGGAUGUCAAUAAUUCAGACAGACAAUUUUCCCGCAGAGCCCAAUUACAUGGGCAGCAGGCAGCAGUUUGUUCAAAGCAGCUCCACAUUCAAGGACCCUGAACGUGCAAGCCUUAGAGACAGCGGUCAUGGGGACAGUGACCAGGCUGACAGUGACCAGGACACCAAUAAAGGCUCCUGCUGUGACAUGUCAGCCAAGGAGGCCCUCAAGAUGAAAUCAACUGCCGUUAAACCCCAGCCUCUCCAGCAAGAGCAAGAAGAGUGCAUUAAUUGCACGGAUGAGUGUCGAGUACUAGGACACUCUGACAGGUGCUGGAUGCCACAGUUCCCCACAGCUAACCAGGCAGAGAACGCAGAUUAUCGCACAAACCUCUUUGUACCAGCAGGUGCUGAAGUGAACGUCGAGACUGAGAGUUAUGAAACCGUGAACACCAAUGGAAAAAAAACAUUCUGCACUUUCGGAAAAGAGAAAAGAGAUCACACCAUUCUUGUUGCCAACGUCAAACCUUACUUGAAAGCCAAGCGUGCUCUGAGCCCCUUAUUGCAAGAACUUCCCUCAGCUUCAAACAGCCCCAACAAGACAUGUAUCCCAGCAUGCACAUCCACAAGAGGACUGAUAGAAGGCUGUGAAGUGAAAUCUGGCAACUUUGCAGAAUCAAGCGGCCAUUACCUGUCAGCCAAUAAACAGCUGAAAGACUCCCCGUACCCUCCGUCAGAUCCGAUGGCUAAAGUCCUUUGCGAUGUGCAUUCUCGAGUGAGUCGAGACUCCAGUGAGAUGGACUGUGUGCUGGAACAAUUAGACCAGGCCAACCCAGAAUUAGGCAGAGAGGCCUUGGAUGCCGAACAGGUUGUGCGUGAAAUCGACAAGCUUUUACAGGACUGCCGUGGAAGUGAAGCCACAUCCGUGAGAAAGUGAAAAAAGGGACACAUUGGCAAUUGUAAUGCGUGUUCGUAAGAAAGGAAGGCUGAUUCAGAAAGGACUUUUCCUGAGGACAGUUGUAUCCCUGGAACGACAGAAGAUGCUGCUUCACGUUUCUAGCAAGCAUUUCAAGUGCCCACCAAUUAAUAACUUUUCACUACAGUUCAUCUUUCACAAAGUCACAAUUCGAAAAAUGGACAGCAGGUGAUAUUUUGACAAUCGGUGAAAAAAAAUAAAUAAAUGCCUUUUGGUUGACAAAGAUUGGACUCGACGCGGUAAUCACGGUAUGUCAAGAUGGACAAAAAUAGCAUUGUGGAUGUCAUUACAUUAAUAUUAAAGUGUAUAAGAGAUAGUGAUGGGGGGGGGGGAUAAAAUAGACCUUCACCUGUCAUCAGCUGUUACUUGUGGUUAACUGUACCCCCUAUAUUUAUAUGCCAGAACAUUCCAAAUCGGUGAAACAGUAAAACACAUCCUUAUCAUUGUGUGAACACCUCAUGUUCCAUGAACUCCAGACCCUUUUAUGUAUCGUAAUGUCCAGCCUCCCUUAAGUCACUCGUAAUCCUGUAAUUGGGGACAUUUUUCUUGUACUGUGAAAAAAGAAAUAGUCUCUAAACAUUUAAAAAAAAUAUAUUUAUAAUUUUGUAAAAAGCUUUAAAAUUCUAAAGUGCAGUUAAUUGUGAAAUAAUUAUGUAUUUAUGAACUGCAGAGGACACCGACAAAAAAGGAAAAGUCCCUUCACAUUACCACUAUACCCAAUAUCAUCUAAUGUGCACAUGUAUCAUAUUUAAUGUGUUUACAUCAAAUGACAUAUUUUUAUUGAUUUGUUGCAAUUUCUGUGCAUAUGAGCCAAAUUGUUAAGUGUAUAAGAGCUAUAUUGUGUAUUUUAUUAAAUUAAUAUAUAGUUGUGUUGCAAUAUACUUGGGCUUAUAUUGUAUUUGGCAACUGUUGCCUUAGUAGCUGUCAGACUCUAUGAGUUUAAGUUCAUUUAUUUCUGCUCUCGUGUCUCUCUGGGGUUUGGGGAGCAGUCCCUCAGAGUCUAACUGUUUAAUGUUUCGUCCAAAAAAACACAGAAUACAUAAACUGUUCAAAGAUUCACGCCAGCUAAUACAAAGCAAAACCCUUACAGGAGCAGAUGUGAUUUAUUUAGGCAGCUCAAUUUGUAAUUUACAGUGUGUUGUCUUUUUCUUUUUAAAAUAAAAUCUGUAACAUUU